CACUAAUUCCUUCCCCAGAUCAGACUUAUUCCGUCACUUGGCUCAUCCCGUUCGGCUGUGGGAGAGUCAGUCCAAGUCAAAUUCGAUUAAUAGAAACUACGUCCACCGUUGCUACCCCCUCAUUGUCUUUACUACUCCUUAAUCAGCAUAUCACCUAGUCAAUUCGACUUUUAGUUCAAUUUCUUCUUUUUUAACUCUCCUUUCGAUCCACUACGAAGAAAGUCGGACUUCGAAUUGACAAUCCUUACAGUUGACAUCUAGCCGGCUAGGGAACUUCGACUAAUUAAUUUACCUGACGUACCAGCCGACUUACCGAGCAAACCCGAGAAACGACAUAUAGCGCAGCCCUCGCUUUAUCACCUAGUCACCUACCUACGAACACCAUUCCCCGAUAAACGAAAAGAAGAAAAAACGAAAAUGGUCGCCGACGCCCUAAUCUACCACCCCACGGUAUCGCACUACCUAAAAUUCGUCGCGACGACCGUAGGCCGCGACAAACUCCUACGCACGUUACAAUACUUCGCGCGCUUCUACGCGUGGUACCUGUACCGAACGAACGGUACACGCGCCGAAGUCGCGCCCUACGAAGCUAUCAAAAAGCAAUUCGGGCUCGCGCGAAAGCUCCUGCGUUUCGGGAAAAAUGUGGAACAUCUGAAAGCCGCGGCAUUGGCUGCUGAUACGGCGAAGGCGGGGAGUCUGGCUGAUCCCGUGUUGAAGUAUGCUACGGUGGGGAGGCAGAUCGGGUAUGCGGGUUACUUGACGUUUGAUGGCGCGACGCUGUUUGAUGCGUUGGGGGUUAGGAAGUGGGAUGGUGCGAAGAGGGCGCAGAGGGAGGCUUAUAGGUUUUGGGCCGCGGGGUUGGUGUGUAGUGUUGUGGCGCAGGCGUAUACGCUUUAUAGACUUAGGGAGAGGGAGGCGAAGGUUGAUAAGAAGGAGGGUGAGGGGGUUGUUGAGAGUAAGAGGAUUGCGCUGGAACGCUCAGUUAGCCAACUACAGCUACUAUCCGACCUUUGCGACUUGACGGUCCCGACGGCGGCGCUUGGUUGGGUUGGCUUCGAUGACGGAGUUGUUGGUCUUGCGGGUACGGUGAGCAGUUUGAUCGGUGUCUACACGCAAUGGAAGAAGACGGCGUAAGGGAAAGAGAGUUAGAGGCGUUGUCCAGGAUAGAGGCGUAUUGAUGGGAGGAGUGGCAGCGACUUUAGGGAUGGGAGCAUCUUGAUGAAUAGGGGAUAGGGGAGUUUCUUCUACAUAUGCCCGGAUGUUUACAGUAUAGGGAUUCUUUCUCAAUGAUGCAUAUCAUCGAUACAAGUCACAGUGUACAAAAUUGGUAGUUUUGCGUUUCAGAUACUUUCUCUAUGGAGAGGGUAGAUCGAGCAAGAUGCGAUGACGUAGGUAGCUCUAUUGUGGAUUUUCUUAUUAAAAAAAAUAAGUAGUUCGUCUUUGGUCUGAAGAAAGUUACUUAAGAUCGAUUUAUCGGUACUGAAUUUUGCAACGAUAUCUUGU